ACCCCCGUCCUCUCUCCCCCGGGUGGGUACCGGGUGGAGAAUCCGGUCAAACUGGAGAGGCCGGGCCCGAGCCCGGGGAGCUGGGGCCGCACCGUCAUGAUGAAGACUCAGUGUCUGCUCGGCCUCAAGACCUUCGUGGCGUUCGCGGCCAAAAUCUGGAGCUUCAUCCUCUACAUCCUCCGGCGGCAGAUCCGCACCAUUAUUCAGUAUCAGACUGUUCGAUAUGACAUUCUACCUCUCUCUCCAAUCUCAAGAAACCGACUCAGUCAGGUGAAGGGGAAGGUGCUGGUUCUCGAUCUGGACGAGACGUUAAUCCACUCACACCACGACGGGGUCUUACGGCCGACAGUGCGGCCGGGAACUCCUCCCGACUUCAUACUGAAGGUUGUAAUUGAUAAACAUCCUGUUCGGUUCUUCGUUCAUAAACGACCCCACGUCGACUUCUUCCUGGAUGUGGUCAGUCAGUGGUAUGAGUUGGUGGUUUUCACUGCCAGUAUGGAGAUCUAUGGCUCUGCUGUGGCCGACAAAUUGGACAAUAACAGACAAAUAUUGAAAAGAAGAUAUUACAGACAGGUAACAGGAAGCUGCGUCUUCUCUCCUGAAUCCGCGGAGCUGUAUCCCAGGAAGUGACUUGGGGC